CCAGGUUUGCGAAAGGAGCACGGCGUUCGUCAAUCGAAGAGGACUCAAAGUCUGAAGCCAAUAAAUAUGUUUGGAUACAAAGAUCUGGAGACUCCCGGAUAAGGUCUUAAAGACAUUCACAGCCCAAGGGAGAGAGCUAAGACGGCCCUGAGCAGCUGGGCAGAGAGAUCUUCAACCCAACAGCCAUGGCAAAUGAGGACAAUUGCAGAGAUGCUGACAGUCCUGCCCCGAUAAUAGAUGGCACCUUUAGAGAUCAAGGGGAGUACCUCACUCCCUCCCAACCCGUGUGGAAAGCGCCUUGUGGAAGCCAGCAAGUCAUAGCACUGGGAAUCCAGCCUGGAGAGAACGCGCUAUCUGGAAAUCCGAAGAGAAGAUUUUCCGAACAGAUGGGAAUCUUCCACUUCAUGAGUGCGAUAAUUCAUUUCUCUUUUGGGAUCUGGCUGAUGGCUAUCUCCCAGAAUCUCCACCUGGUAGCUCUGAAAAGUUGGUAUCCAAUCUGGGGAAGCCUCUCGUAUUUCCUUUCUGGAGGCUUAUCAGCGAUCGUAGAGAAAAUUCCCAAACGGGGUAUGAAACCUUGUUGCUUGGUGAUGAACAUUUUUAGCAUCUUCUGUGCACUGUCUGGAGUCUUUGUAUUCAUUAAGGACCUAUUUCUGGAGAACGUAUUUCCUCUAUGGACUCUGUAUCCCUUCUACAUAGUGAGUAUCCAGCUCUAUUUUGGCUUUUCCCAUCCAUUAGAUGAUCAGCUGUUCCAGGGCAGGGAUAAUAUCUUAUACUUCCUCGAUUUACUCCCCACUACCAAUGUGAUUGGGAAUCAGUACCCUCAGGAAUAA